CCACUAUCCAGCCACUCCGGGAUACAUGUUACAAACUUUCGUGAAAUCAUUCACUCACUUGAAAGACCGUCCACAUGCAGAUCGAGCCUUGCCCAUGCUUCAACGGGUAGCAACCCUGGUAAAGCCUAUCAUGAGGGAGCACGGCUGGGUCUUGCCGUUAUUAUCUGAAUUUUUCCCCGAAAGCCCUAAUUUAGUCGGGUUGAAUGUAAACGGAGGACAGCAGAUUCUUCUGAGAUUACGCCUUCCAUGGGCUCCCGACACCUUUUAUGAGGAAGAUCAAGUUGUUCGGGUCAUGCUCCAUGAGCUUACUCAUAAUGUCCAUGGCCCUCACGACGAAAUUUUUUACAAGUUUCUAGCUGCACUUGAAGACGAGUAUGAUGCACUAGUGCGCUCUGGCUACGCUGGUGAAGGCUUCUUUUCUCCUGGCCACAGACUGGGCGCAGGGGUAUCGUACGAUCUUCCGCCACACUUAGCUAGACUCAAAGCUCUUGAAGCUGCCGAAGAGAGGCGUCGUGCCAAUGACGUUCUCGGCGGCGGCGGCAGACUAGGUGGUCUCAGAAUCACUGCACUGCAAGGCAUGGAUCCUCGUGAACUGGCCGCACAGGCUGCCGAGCGCAGAAAGCGUGAUGAGAUCGAGUGUGGGUCGGGUAUACUUGCCCAGCGCGAAGCCGAGAGGGCGGCCAGGGAAAGCAUCGAAGACAUCAUUGAUCUUACCGAUGAUUCCCCUCUAGAACCGUGGCCUUGUCCUGUGUGCACACUUCACAAUGAGCCGAUUGUGCUGCAGUGCGCAGCAUGCUUCACCGUCCGUCCUUUCACCUCGCGUAGUACUGCGAGUCAAUCACGUGUUGUUAUCGGACCAUCGAGGCCACAUGGUAGUACUUCCGGAUUAAUUUCUGAUGCCCCAAAACAGUCUAGGGUCGUUGCAGUGAGGCAGCCAGGCAGUGCCAAGGAUCCCACGCCUCCUCGCAAACCAGCCGAGACCCCAGCUGGUGGUGAGCAAUGGGCUUGUGUGGUUUGCACGCUCGUCAAUGACCAACAAGCACACCAAUGUACCUUGUGUUUAACAGGGCGUCCUCAAGAUCCUCUUAUGGGAUGGACUUGUAAGACGUGUGGUGAGGCUGAAAUACCCCACCAGUUUUGGUCAUGUCGAUUUUGCGGCGCGAUCAAGACAGAGAGCACUUACGGUUAAGGGAUUUUGUUUCCUCACAUCUCAGGAGCCUCAGGGCAAUCUUGUGACUGUGAUGUUACGCUUCACUUUGACAGUUUUCUCAUGUAUUAUUAUUUUGGGCUGUGCCCUGUGUAGAUUUUUUAUCGAACGAUGGAGUAAUAAAGUGUUUGCUUGCAA